GAUGAUACUCAUCGAAGCUGCAGCUGGCGCUGGAUUUUGAUAUUUUAUCAACAUUUUGUCCUAUCGUGUUUGGCUUUUACCGGCGGCGCCAUAUCGUUCUGAUACUGAAUUUUUAUUAUUUUUUUUAUGCCAAAAUCUCUCAACCAUGCAAAAUUUGUGCAAAGUCGAAUUGCUGUACGGCAAACUGCUGGGCAAAACUAAGGCCAUAAACCAGCAACCGGUCAGGUACACCAGAAAACCCAGAUGGUUGCCGAAAGCGCCGACCAAAAUGUUUCGCGUGCCCGUUCGGCCACAGAUCUCCACCGAAGAGAGUAAUGAACUGUUCCGGCUUUUUACCAACUACAGGACUACCAUGAAAUCCAUACAGAAACAACUGGAAUAUGAACUGGAGACAUCGUACACUGGUCAAGAGGUGUUGCAAGAAAUUGCCAAUAAGGAAGAAGUGUUAUGGGCUAAGUGCAUGGAUAUCAACGACAAUUGGAAUGCCGAAGUGGCUUUAGAAAGGGAACAGAGGUUGGCUAAUGAACGUGAGGCCCGUCGUGAAGACAUUUUAGCUCAACUCAUUGAAAAAGAAGAAAAUAAAAAGAAAAAACUAGCAGCAGUUGAGGAAAUUAUCAGAUUAGAAAAGGAAAAAUCAAAAACCUAUAUAACCGCUGAAAACAUAGAUGAAGCUAUAGAAAAGGCACUAGAUCAUGUGGUCGAUCACAAGUAUGCUUUGGAUUUAGCUGGUAAUAUUUUGAAAGGUAAUGAUCCGAGCGAACCAACUACAGGAACAACGAGUUCUCAACAAAUGCGAGUCCAGUCAAUCAACUAAUUUGUGUUAAUUUUUUAUUUUACGUAAACAUGUACAAAUAUAAUAUUUUUUUUUUUAAUGAGAACAUGUAAUUUAGUUGUCUAGUUGUUAUGAAUAUUGUUCUAUAAAGUAAUUUGAAACAAUAAGAAUGUGAUUGGUCGUACA